ACAUACUGUCAACAAAUACAGGGAGAAUGAGUUAAAUACCACAGGACGACUGUGCCAGCGCACCGCAUCAUGGAUCAGAUCGGGGUCCGGCUGCUCCUCAUGGUUCUGCUGAAGGCCGUUCAGUCCAUCUCCGAGGGAACAGACGGACAGCUGGUGUGCGUGUGCGACAGCCCCGAGUGCCUCCAGACCAGCCAGUGUCACGGCCGCCGCUGCUUCUCGUCGGUGAAGCGGGGGUCCGGCGGGGAGCAGGGGGCCGGGGGGCCGGUGGAGCUGCACCAGGGCUGCUUCGAGGAGCGGGAGAAGAUCGAGCUGCACUGCUUCACGCCGCCCUCGCUCCACCAGGCCAUCGCCUGCUGCGCCCAGGACAUGUGCAACGGCAACGUGACGCGCCACUCCAUGAUGACCCUGCUGCUGUCAGCCCCGGAGGGGGAGUCGGUGCGGUACCGCGUGCGCACCGUGGCCCUGCUGGUGCUGGGCCCGGUGGGGGUGCUGGUGCUGCUGGCCGUGGGGUCCGUGCUGGCCUGCAGGAGGCUGCACCACGGCCGCCUGCACAGGCUGCAGGAGUUUGACACGGAGCAGGGCGCCGUGGACGGCCUCAUCACCUCCAACCUGGGGGACAGCACUCUGGCGGACUUACUGGACCACUCCUGUACGUCGGGCUCGGGCUCCGGUCUUCCCUUCCUGGUCCAGAGAACGGUGGCCAGGCAGAUUAGCCUGAUGGAGUGUGUAGGUAAGGGGAGGUAUGGGGAGGUGUGGCGGGGCCAGUGGCAGGGGGAGAACGUGGCGGUGAAGAUCUUCUCCUCCAGGGACGAGAAGUCCUGGUUCAGAGAGACGGAGAUCUACAACACAGUGCUGCUCCGCCACGAGAACAUCCUGGGCUUCAUGGCGUCUGACAUGACCUCCCGUAACUCCAGCACCCAGCUGUGGCUGAUCACCCAUUACCACGACAACGGCUCGCUGUACGACUACCUGCAGCGCGUCGCCGUGGAGACGAGCGAGGGCCUGGCCAUGGCGGCGUCGGUGGCCAGCGGCCUGGUGCACCUUCACACCGAGAUCUUCGGCGCCGAGGGGAAGCCGGCCAUCGCCCACCGCGACCUCAAGAGCAAGAACAUCCUGGUGACCAAGGAGCUGCGCUGCUGCAUCGCCGACCUGGGGCUGGCCGUGACCCACUCCCAGGCGGACAACCUGCUGGACGUGGGGAACAACCCCAAGGUGGGCACCAAGCGCUACAUGGCCCCCGAGGUGCUGGACGACAGCAUCCAGACGGACUGCUUCGACGCCUACAAGAGGGUGGACAUCUGGGCCUUCGGCCUGGUGCUGUGGGAGAUCGCCAGGAGGACCUACAGCAACGGCCUGGUGGAGGAGUACGGGCCCCCAUUCUACGACCAGGUGCCCAGCGACCCCAGCUUCGAGGACAUGAGGAGGGUGGUGUGUGUGGAGCAGCAGCGCCCCUUCGUCCCCAACCGCUGGUUCUCAGACCCCACGCUGUCGGCGCUGGUGAAGCUGAUGAAGGAGUGUUGGUACCAGAAUCCGUCGGCCCGGCUCACCGCGCUGCGCAUCAAGAAGACCCUGGACAAGAUCCACGGCUCCCUGGAGAAGGGCAAGGACUCCUGAGGAGAGGAGAGGAGAGGAGAGGAGGGAGAGGUGACCAGGGAGGAGGAGGAGGCCACAGUGGCGUUGGAUAGGUGGUCGGCGGACCAGGAGAGGGGAACGUCUAGUGAUCCGUCCUGCUCUCGUCGUUCCUCCCCAGCUUCCUCUCCCCCUUGACGUAGCGACCUGAAGCUGGGAGAACUGGGAGAACUGGGAGCCCUGUCUGAGGAACCAGCCGUCGCCGUGGAACCCCGGCCGCCUGCUCUGACCCAGACGGUGAACUGCGACCUCAGCCUGAAGAACCGGAUCUCUGUCCGUAACGAGACCGCUCUGGUCUGAACUCUACGAGAACACACACACACACACACACGCUCGGCACUAAAAGGGAUUUUCUUCAAGUAUCCUUCUUUCUUUUAUGUUUUUUUUUUAUUUCACAUGCUGUCGGGAUAUUCCGCUGAAAGACAAUCAGGUCAACUGUUUUAGCCUUAUCGAACACACACACACACACACACACACACACCAGAAUCAAAGUACAAUUUUGAAAUAUGUUUAUGUACUACGUAUACUACUACUAGCAGCACACUACUGAUAUGUACUCCUGGUUUGUAGCCUGUGUUUAAGGGACUGUACACAUGGGAAUACUCUACAUCGAGCUAUUAAUUAGCUAUAAAUAAUGAAGUCGUAAAGUAGGGAAACACGCACUGAACACGUUGGCCGAUUUGGAAGAGACGCCAUGUACAGAUCUCUGCUUCUCUGGGCGGUCUAGUGGAUGGAAGGACCGGCAAAAUACAAUUAUUAUUAUAGUUAUCAUAUUAACAGUAUAAUGAUAUAGAAAUCAUCCGUCACAUCAUUACCAAGAGCUGCUAUGUAUGUUUCCUGCCGUCUACUGCCGAGGGAACAGGAGGUGAGGAGCCAGGAAAGGAGAAUAUGUCCGUCAGGGCACCUGUCGCCCGCGUCCCUUUUCUCCCAUCAUGCCUUGCAGUACGGGGCGUGGUCUCCAGACGACCCCGCUCUACCCGACGUUCACACCGACGGCUUCCAGAUAAAGUUCACAAGACGUCCGCUGUGUUGUUGCUUUGACGUUUUUUUUUAUAUGUAAUAAUAAAACAUUUACUGCACUGUUA